UUUUACUGUAGAAUGGAUGGGGUUGUUGUGAAACGUUUUCGUCGCGAAGGUGGUGAUGAUAAGGAGUUCUAUUUAUCUCUUCUUUCUCUACGAGACUUUUCUGUGUCUGAAAUUUGGAACGUUCCUUUUCUCCGAGCUGGACAACCCUUCACAUAUAGCCCGUGAAAAUGGCAGUGCCAUCGGCUACGAUCCUAGAUCAGACGACUACAAAGUCGUCAGAUAUUUAACCGAAUAUUGCCCCAAUGAAGUUGUAAAGACAUGUCGUGGACCAAAUUGUAUGAAGCUAAGCUGCAUCACGUCGUGAAACCAUUGUGUUUGAUAGAUGGUCGGGUUUCCCUUUUUCAAGGGAGGAGUCAUCGUAAGCAGUGUGAUCUAGUGAUGUAUGAUUGGAGUAGGAAGGAGAUGAAGAGAUUCAACAUUCGUGAUUAUCCAGGUCACUUGCAGGUUUUUCCAUGUGUUGAUCCGAUUCUGAAGCCUAUAGACGGACCCGACACUACUGAAGAGACUAAGAUGACUAAGAAGACUAAGGCUAAGGCUAAGGCCGUCCCACAAGCAUGCGUCCACCGGAAUGCCUCCUCUACUCAAGACGAAGCCAAGCCUUUGGAUACGAUGGAUGAAGGAAAGACGCAUCAUUUAAUAGGCCGUGGGGAGUGCACGUUUGAUCGAGGAUCGGAUGGAGAUAGUCUUGAAGAAAUUCCUGCAAAAAGGAGGAGGCGUCACAAAGAAGUUGAAGAAUGAAUGUUGAUGGUCGAUGAAUUUAAUUUGAUGGUUUUAGGUGGAUCAAGAUGGGGGUAAAUUCUACCCCGCACAAAGGUGCCCGGCACCCUCAUACAUUCCACCGUUGGAUGCGCGACACGUGUCCAAGCUUCCUUUUGUAUUUAACAUAAAUUUAAAUUUUAUAUAAAAUACACUCUGUUAACUUCCGUCUGUGUAAUUAUUACUAAUGACCCCAAUGCCAAGCACUAUUUUUCUUCCUCGGUAUACGUAAUUCAUCAUUAUCCAUU